CUCACCCAACUCAACUCAACUCAACUCUUUUUUCUUUUAAUAUAACAGACAAAUAACAAACAACAGUCCCUUCAAAGCCAAUUCAAUCUUUCCCUUUUGCUUUCAACUUCUUCUUCUCCUCCUCCUCCUCUCUCCCUCCCUUCUAUCGAAUUCUCAAGCUUCCAAUGGAGACGUUAGCUUCUUCUUCUCUUUGUACGACCCACGGCGGCGGCGCUGGUGGCGGAUUACUCAAUUUUUGUGGCGGUGGCUCCGUCUCUGUUCUUGGCUUCCCCCUUCAACAUCUCAAGAUUCAAUCCCUUCCCGAUUCGAAGAAAAAGCAGGGUUUUGGGGUCAUAAAAGCUUCUGUUGCUAAGACAGAAGUUGCACUUGUCAGAAUAGGCACUAGAGGAAGCCCAUUAGCACUCGCGCAAGCUCACGAGACACGUGACAAGCUCAUGGCUUCCCAUCCGGAACUAGCUGAAGAAGGGGCUAUCAAAAUUGUUGUAAUAAAAACAACUGGUGAUAAAAUACUGAGUCAGCCACUUGCAGAUAUUGGUGGAAAGGGCUUGUUCACAAAAGAAAUAGAUGAGGCUUUGAUAAAUGGUGAUAUUGACAUUGCUGUCCACUCAAUGAAAGACGUUCCUACUUAUUUACCGGAGAAGACAAUUCUACCAUGCAACCUUCCGCGUGAGGAUGUUCGUGAUGCAUUUAUAUCCUUGAGUGCAUCUUCCUUGGCUGAACUACCUGCUGGGAGUGUUAUUGGCACUGCAUCUCUAAGAAGAAAGUCACAAAUACUCUACAGAUAUCCAUCACUCAAGGUGGAGGAUAAUUUCCGGGGCAAUGUACAGACACGAUUAAGAAAACUUAAUGAAGGAGUGGUCCAAGCAACUUUAUUGGCAUUAGCUGGACUUAGACGCUUGAGCAUGACUGAAAAUGUUACUUCUGUUCUUCCAAUUCAUGAAAUGCUUCCAGCUGUUGCGCAGGGGGCUAUUGGAAUUGCAUGUCGAAGCAAUGAUGAAAAAAUGGCUAAUUACCUAGCUUCAUUAAAUCACGAGGAAACACGAUUGGCAGUUACAUGUGAGAGGGCCUUUCUAGAGACAUUGGACGGAUCUUGCCGUACUCCAAUCGCUGGCUAUGCUUCAAAAGACGAGGAUGGUAAUUGCAUAUUUAAAGGAUUGGUAGCUUCUCCCGAUGGAACACGUGUGCUUGAAACAUCUAGAAAAGGUCCAUAUGCUUUUGAAGACAUGGUUAUGAUGGGGAAGGAUGCUGGCAAAGAACUCCUUUCUAGGGCAGGUCCAGGCUUCUUUGAUUUUUGAGUAAUUUAAGAAUAAUGAGGGCUAAAAGUUGAAAGCCCAAGGCUUCUGGUUUAACUUUUAGGGUUUGUGUCCAUCAAUCUUCAUUCAUUCUCUUGAGCCUUUGAUUGUUGUAAUUCCGGGUUAGCUAUUGUAUGAUUAAUUCUCAACUAGAUCAUUUUUUUUGAUGAGUUGUGAUAGAAGGUUAGAAUUUUUUUUUAACUCUAUUGUAAUUGUAUUAUCCUUUUUUUUUAAGUGAAUGAUUUAACCCUUUAUUAUAA